GAAUGUUUUUAGCACUGACUCGCGCUUCCCGUCUUUCCUAUCGAUUACCUGCUUUCCGCUCUGUAACAGCACACGCACCCAGGUUUCAUUCCAUGGCUACCGUCGAAUCUCUCGACAGUCAAAUAACGGAACAAGCGGCGCUCUUGUUGGAUCUUAAAACACAAAAUGCAGAUGCAUCUAAUAUUGAAGAAGCUAAGAAGAAGCUCGGCGAGCUGAAGAAAAAUCUCGCAUCGAUCAAGGGUGCGGCAGGCAACAAGGAUGCAGGAAAGAAAAAGGGUCGACUGCUACUAAAGACAGCAAAAGGAACGCGCGACUAUGGCCCUGGCGAAAUGUUCUGUCGCGAGCACAUAGAACGCACGGUCAAGGAUGUUUUCACGACAUUUGGAGGAAGCUGCCUUGAUACGCCUGUUUUUGAGCGGAAGGAUAUCCUUGCUGGGAAGUAUGGGGAGGAUGCGAAGCUUAUAUUCGACCUGAUGGAUCAGGGUGGAGAACAGCUUGCGCUACGAUAUGAUCAUACUGUUCCUCUUGCGAGAUAUUUGGCCAUGGGGGGAGCUACUAUCCAAGGCAAGAUAUGGCAAGUAGGCAAGGUCUACCGACGGGAUAAUCCUGUCAUGUCAAAAGGUCGAAUGAGGGAGUUUUCGCAGGCGGACUUUGACAUUUCUGGCGUUUGGGAUCCGAUGAUCCCAGACGCUGAGAUUAUCAGUUUGCUGUGCACGAUUCUUGCUAGAUUUGAUGUGGGGGAGUUUACUGUUAAGAUUAAUCAUCGCAAAAUUCUGGAUGGUAUUUUUGAAGUGUGUGGUGUACCAGAAGAGAAGAUCAGAUCGAUAUCAUCUGCGGUCGAUAAACUAGACAAGCUUCCCUGGCUGGAAGUCAAAAAAGAAAUGACCGAAGAGAAGGGGUUGGACCCUGCAGUGGCAGAUAAAAUCGGGGAGUAUGUCAAGCAUAAAGGUGGACCAUCAUUGCUGGAACAACUCAAGGCAGAUGAAACACUAAUGGCCAACGGAAAUGCCAAGCAAGGUGUUCUUGAUAUGGAACUCUUAUUUACUUUACUGAAGGCUUAUAAUGUCAUCAACAAAAUAUCGUUUGACUUAUCACUUGCUCGGGGUCUCGACUAUUAUACAGGGAUCAUUUACGAAGCUAUAGUCGAAGCAUCGGCUCCUCCAGGUUUUGCCGCCGCCAAUGCGCUCGCCUCAUCUUCAGCACCUGUCACAACCGAGUCAUCCGCUACCUCUACACCACCACCACCGAAAAAGAAAUCUAGCAAGAAACCCAAGCCUGAAAAUGGUGAGGAAGAAGAAGAAGUUGACGAGUCUCAAGUAGGUGUCGGUUCAAUAGCCGCCGGUGGCCGGUACGACAACCUUGUGGGGAUGUUCACUGCAGCGGCUGCUGGAGAGGGGAAGAAAGCGCCCAGUCUACCGUGUAUUGGUGUUAGCAUUGGACUCGACCGCAUUUUCGCUAUUGUGUGGCCAAAAUGGGUUGAAAAGGGUAUGCGAAGCAAAGAGACGAUGGUGUACGUCAUGGCAGCGGGAGACGGACUGUUAGAAGAACGAGUACGCUUGGUCCAUGAGUUAAGAGAAGCAGGCAUUAAAACUGAUUUCUUAGCCAAGAAGAAACCAAAAUUGCCUACUCAAUUUGCCGCAGGUGAGAAGGACGAAGUUCCGUUUGCGAUUAUUCUUGGAGGGGAAGAGCUGCAGCAAGGUCUCGUUACUGUUAAAGAGCAGAAAUGGGAGCUUGUGGAUGGGAAGAAGGCCAAGAUACAGUCUGCAGACACAGGAACGAAAGUAAGGCGGGAUGGGCUGAUCCCAUGGUUGAAAGAGACGCAGACGUUUUUAGAAUGGUCUAGUGGAAAGCUCAUGUAAGGGACUCGCUUGAUUGUAAUUGAAUUAGACUUUUCCAUUGGAUACACUAUCUAAAACG